CCAACUUUCGGUCAACCGACGCCAAAAAGAAGUCCUGCCCUGACUACCACCCGUAAUUUACCAAAAAGAAUAUUUGUUGAUGGAAGAAAAACAACAACUUGUCUAUUCCCAAUGACGGGAAAAAUGAAAAGAUUAUCAGCCGCUCGAAGUAUUAGCCAAUUUAAAAACGCUAACUCUCUAUCCGCCGGCCUUGACGAAACUUUUUUGGAGCCCUUGGCCGCUGCCUUAGCUGAGAAAAAAAUAACCACUGGGCUUAUUAUUGGCAAAACUAAUUUUCAGGAAAGAGAAGAAAAUAUUAACAAAUUUCAAAAUGGCGCACUCGAUAUUUUACUCUGUAAUAUCCAAAGUGCAGGCAUGGGACUGAAUCUGAGCCGAGCCGAAACCAUCAUUUUUGCCGACCGCAGUUAUUCUCCGGCUGAUAACGAACAAGCCGAAGCCCGUUUCUUGCCUACCACUAAUUCUGAACCUGGUCGGGUGCGUUUAGUAAUUGACCUUAUUUGCCAGGGAACCAUUGAUGAAAAAAUCCUCCAAUUACUCAAAAGAAAGGAAGACAUAAUUAAGGUGUUGAAUAGUAAUCCUGGUUAUUUUUUUAGUUAA